CACGCUCCUUCCCCAAACAAAUUUUGGGUUUUGCCUUUGCCUUGGCUUGGAUGCUGGUCAGUGUGUUUUCUGUCCUUGUGCAGGAAAGAGCUCCACCACUGGCCCGCGCGCCUGCCCUCCAUCCCGCAGGCCGGCCCCCUGGGACCUGCGACAUGCUGCCACCCAACUGCUCCGCGCACAGCGCCGCGGCGGACCUGGCGGCGGGCUCCCUGCUGCUGCUCGAGUGCGUGCUGGGCGCGCUGGGCAACGCCGUGGCGCUCUGGACCUUCUUCUUCCGCCUGAAGGUGUGGAAGCCCUACGCCGUCUACCUGCUCCACCUGGUGCUGGCGGACCUCCUGCUGGCCGCCUGCCUGCCCUUCCACGCCGCCUUCUACCUGAGGCACAAGACCUGGGGCCUCGGACCCGCGUCCUUCCGAGCCAUGCUCUUCCUGCGCACCCUGUGCCGCGGGGCGGGGGUGGCCUUCCUCACCGCCGUGGCCCUGGACCGCUACCUCCGCGUGGUCCACCCCAGGCUCAAGGUCAACCUCCUGUCUCUGCGGGCGGCCUGGGGCAUCUCGGUCCUGGUCUGGCUCCUGAUGGCCGCCCUCACCCACCAAAGCGUGUUCCCGGCCGAGGCCGAGGGCCCCGGCCUGGAGCCCGGGACCGCGUCCUCCUUUGGCUGGAUCUGGCAGGAAGCGCUCUUUUUCCUCCAGUUCAUCCUUCCCUUCGGCCUCAUCCUGUUCUGCAACGCGGGCAUCAUCCGCACUCUGCAGAAGAGGCUCCGAGACCCAGACAAGCAGCCCAAGCUGCAGAGGGCCCGGGCGCUGGUGGCGGUGGUCGUGGUGCUCUUCGCGCUGUGCUUUCUGCCCAGCUUCCUGGCCCGCGCCCUGCUGGCCGCCUUCCGCGGGGCGCAGCGCUGCGGGGCCCUGCGCGCCCUGGUGCCCGCCUGCGACCUGACGGACAGCCUCACCUACCUGCAGGGGGCGCUGAACCCCGCCGUGUACUGCUUCUCGAACCCGGCCUUCCGGCGCUCCUACCGCAAGCUCUUCUACACCCUCACCCGCCCGCUCCGGGGCCGCGGGCGGGAAGCCGAGGCCCGGGGCUGCGAGCUCAGAGACUCCGACUCCUGAGGGCACCUGCUCCCGCCCGUUCCCAGCGCUGCAGGGCUGAGCAGCCCUGCUGAUGAGCUCGGAUUUUGCGCUGCAAACCCCGCACAAGUGCGCCGUCCUCGAGGACUUCCUCCGGCUGCUCAGUUGCAGAGCAGCAAAGCCAAAGGCGCGAGCGGAGCCUCCUUUGCGCAGUUUGGUCCUAAACUGCUGCGGGCCCAUCACAGGACGGAGGCGGCCCGGGAUGCGGGAGGAGGAAGGCCUUGUUGCCGGUGAGGUUCUGGCGAGUCCCCUUAGCUGCCUAUGCUUCUUCGUACGUGCAAA